GUCAAGCUCAAUGGUAACGUUUGGGUGAGCUUUUUGAAAAAAAAAACCUAGAUCGCCUUUUGGUUUUCAGCACAUCGACAUUGUAUUUCCUCACUCUGCCAUGCCAACUGGUUGCCGGCAUUUGUUAGGUUAUGGCACCUGGGACAUUGCUCUUUGAUGAUUUGAACGGAAAAUUGAAUUAUCCAUUAGUACCCUGAUUGUCCCUGGUUAGUCUAGUUCUUGGCGAUUUUAAUCGAGAAUCUAUUUUCACCGAUUUAAACGUACUAUCCCGUGCGCACGCCCAGCCGAGUGUGGGCGCAAAACCGAGAACAUAUCCCAGGUCAGCAUAGGCGUAAAUUACGUGCCGAUAUAAUCAGCAUAAAGUGCUUUGGAGGGCUAUUCCCAACUGCCCAAGGUCUGUCUGUGAUGACCAUGCAGUCAUAAAUAAGCAGGUGGAUUUUAAACGAUUGAAUACAUUAUACAGGACGUGAGAAAGAAAAUACAUAAGAUACGCACUAAACACAGCACAGCCCUCAACAUGGAACCAGUGAAAGGCUUGCUUGAUCGCCUUAGGGAUGGAGAAACAAUUCUCUGUGCCGAGGGCUAUGUCAUGGACUUUGAGCGACAGGGCUAUAUCAAAUCUGGUCCUUUUGUCCCGGAAGUUGUCAUUGAUCACCCGGAACUCGUUCGUCAGAAGUACCGCGAUUUCGUCAACGCUGGAAGCGAUGUAGUCCCAGCUUUGACGUAUUACGCAUCCCGUAAGAAACUAUCUGACGUCGAUCGCGAAGAUGAAGUAGAGAUGACUAAUCGUCUAGCUUUGAAGAUGGCCCGUGAAGUAGCUAAUGAGACGGGUACUUUGAUGUGUGGUGAUAUCUCCAAUACUGGUGAUUGGGAUCCAACCGAUGAAACUACACAGCAAGCUGUCAAAGCUAUGUUUAAGGAACAAGUCGAAUGGGCGGUAGAAGAAGGAGCCGACUACAUCAUAGCAGAGACCUUUUCUAUCUUUCAUGAAGCCUUAGCUGCAUUAACUUCUAUUAAAGAGUAUGGAAAAGGUCUCCCCGCAGUAGUGACAGUAGCACCACGGUAUAUGGGGAAUGGAGAAGUUGCAUUCGUGGAUGGUGUUGGACUCUUGGAUGGACUCAGACGACUCGAAGAGGCAGGGGCUGCCGUAGUCGGCUUCAACUGUAGCUAUGGACCGUCCGGAAUGGUGGAUCUUAUUCAACGGGCACAGGAGGCAGGGUUAAAGAUUCCCCUCGCUGCUAUACCUGUUUUAUACCGUACUGAGAGGAAUAAAAACUGGAUCCAACUCAAGGACCCAAGAACAGGAAAACCAACCUACCCAACAGAUAUAGAUUGUAACCAGUGCAAUAGAUCGGACGUCAAGGAUUUUACAAAAAAGUGCAUUGACCUUGGCAUCCAAUACAUCGGGCUAUGCUGCGGGAACGCCCCUCAUUUUACCCGGACCAUGGCCGAAACACUCGGGAGGAAACCACGAGCGUCCCGGUAUGCUCCCGACAUGUCUCUCAGCGUGGUCUUUGGGAAAAGUGACAAGAUAAAAGGAAAUUGCUCCAAGCUCUACACCAUAGGAUCAUCAAAGCCAUGUGAAAAUGGCAAUACUACUAUUGAUAACAACCAAUGAGUUCCAUCCUCGAAUCUCUCGGCCAUCACUUCUCAAUCCCCAACCCUACCAUCGCUGUAUUGACAUAGAAACGAUGAGUUUGACUCUAAAAUAGUCGUUUUGAUGUCUGGAAAUGAUGUUAGCGUAAUGUACUUUAAUAUCUUUAAGCCUCGUAACGUAAUAUCCUGGAGAAAUAUUUUGAAUAGCAAUAAUCAUAGCCUGUACAGUGCGUUUUACAAAAAAAGGUAACCCAAAUGUAGAGGGCCGAUAUUUGGAUCAUGUUCAUUUUUUUCCAAGUUUUGGUACAGUUGGUAAAAUAUGCACUUGAUAGAAUAAAAUGUUUUCCAUUUAAUUUUGGGAAAUGAUGAUUGAAAGAUUAAAUGUCUUAUGUACCUACACCUUCAACAUGCCAUUCUCUCCUCGGCUCAAAACCGACAGCGCGACAGCCCGUCUAACCAUUGGCGGUCAAAUCGAGCUGCAAAUACCCCGUGAAAUACAUUUUUUAAAAGGACAAGUCCACCCAACAAAAACUU